CUUAACUUAGUAAAACAUGAGGAUUUCCUAUACCUCAAACCGAUUUCUCCUAUUCAUUAUCUUCACUGCAUGCUUAUGUUUAUUUUUUGCCAUUCAGAAAAAGAAACCUACACAUAUAAAUAAGUACUCAAAUUUUGAGAUCCCAAUCAAUAACUACAUCUCUACAUCAGGUCUUAAACUUGAUAAGCUUCCUAAUGAAGAUGAAGUUAUAAAACUAUUCCAACAAUGGAAGAAAGAACAUGGCCGAGUAUACAAUGGUCUAGAAGAGAUGGCAACGAAAUUUGAAAUUUUUGUUUCAAAUUUGAAGUAUAUAGUAGAGACUAAUUCAAAGAGAGAGUCACCUCAUAGCUCUCUUCUUGGUCUGAACAAAUUUGCUGAUUUGAGCUUCAUAGAGUUCAAAGAAAAAUACAUGACCAUGUACACAGACACCAUGGAUAUUGCGAACGAUGAUGAUGUUCAUGUUUCAUCAUGUAGUGAUCCACCUUCAUCUGUGAAUUGGGUGUCAAAGGGAGCCGUCACUCCUGUUAACGAUCAAGGCGAAUGUGGUUGUUGCUGGGCAUUCGCAGCAGCGGGCGCCAUAGAAGGAAUAGUUGCAGUAAAGACAGGAAAGCUUGAGAAACUUUCAGUACAAGAGCUUGUUGAUUGUGACUCUGGAAGUAGUGGUUGCACCGAGGGAUAUGUAACGAGCGCAUUCCGUUGGGUUAUAGGAAACAAAGGGGUUGCAUUGGAGAGUAAAUAUCCUUAUACUGCCGUGAAGGGUGAUUGCAGAGCCUCACAGAUUCCAAACACUGCAAGUAGUAGCAUUAAUUCAUACAAUCAAGUAGAGCAAUCAGACAGGGGACUAUUGUGUGCUGUUGCUAAACAGCCAAUUAGUGUUGGGAUCUAUGCAGCCACCGAAGACUUUAAACUUUACUCCAAUAUAAGUGGAAUAUAUGAAGGUCCCAAUUGCCCGGUCGAUUCUAAAAUAAUAACUCACAAAAUGUUAAUUGUGGGUUAUGAUUCGAUAGGCGGUCAAGAUUAUUGGAUCGCAAAGAACUCAUGGGGCACAACAUGGGGAAAAAAUGGUUAUAUGUGGAUCAAAAGGAACACUAGUAAAAAGUAUGGAGUGUGUGCAAUCAAUACGGGAGCUUAUAUCCCAGUAAAAAAUAACUAGGAUACAACAACUUAAAUAAUUUCAUGUUCUCUUUUUUCAAAUAAGAACUCAGAAAACUAAGAAUGCAAAAAAUUUCAUUGAAUAGUCGAUGAAGAAUAAGUUAAAGCAAUAUGUAUUGUUUUUUUGAGUCUAGAGUUUGUUGUAUGGCCAUUCUAGAUGUUGUUAUGAGCAUGUUCAUUAUGUUGUAUUUCAAACUUGUUAAGAAUUAAAUAUGUAUUUGGAAGUUUCAUACUCAGUAGUAUAAUCACUACAAGAAAAU